AUGUCGCAACAAGCAGCACCGUACACGUCUGGAAUGGGUUACCGAUGUUACAUCGCUUCUCCAGCAAGGCUUGCCAGCCUCGAAGCCAACAACAUGCCAGAUUUCGCAUCGAUGAAGUAUGUGAUCCUUCGAAAGGAAAUAAAACUGCGCGGAAUGUUCGACUAUGGAAAGAAGCUACACAUGGUCGCUAGGCUGGAGGGGCAUUUUAGAUGGAUGCGUGCAGAACACGAGAGGGGAUCGGCGACGUAUCAAGUUCGGCGUCUACGUGAACGCGCAAAACUCAUGCUUACCAGCAAGUUCAAGGCAGAAUCCUCUAGAGUAUCCUUUACGGACUUGCCUGGCGAGAUGCGAAACAUGAUCUACGAUCUCGCCCUCUUCGACCCUUUUUCAGGAAAAUCAAGUGAGGUUGAGAUGGAGGACUCGGGCGAUUAUGCAGAAGCCGGAAAUUGGGUAAUCCCUGUCAGCAUUGUCUUUUUCUUUUUGGGUGAUCCUGUGGCACACCUUCCGGAGCUUCGUACCCUUUCGGUGUUGAACGUUAUCGCCGCCUUGAACAAGCAGCUUCGGCAGGAGGUACAUACGUUCUUCUGGUCUCGCAUCAAGGUCGACCUACGCCCUUCCGUCCAACCGUCCUGCUGCUCCCUCGUUGUUCAGUUCCUUAAGAAGAUCGGUCCCCAUGGCAGAAGCGCUCUUGCAGGCCUAAGUGCAUAUCCAGUAUCCGCAAGAUCUCCAGAUCAUCAUCAUCUGAAUUACCAAGCCAUGGUCACAUUUUUGCGGGAGUGCAAGAAUUUGCAGACCUUCGGUCUAUAUCUACCGAUACACAUGAUGAUGGGCCCUCCGGACCGGAUGGGGAUGGAGAAUUUCUUCUUACGCGGUCAUCCUCUUAGUAGUCCUAGCAUGGACCAUCUUGUAGGCGUACUGCACUCGCUUCCACAACUGCGCUCUGCACGGCUGCAGAUGGACUCCAGCAUGGUAGAAGGCAUUCACGCUCUGUCUAAUCACCAAAGGUACCCCGGCUUUCUUCGUUUCGCGUUUUCAGGGGUACGUGAAGGGCGUUUGGUUCAAGAGUUUCGCACGCGCCUUCGAGCUCGUCAAGAUGUCGAGUUCCAAAUCAUGGCUCCGGUGGAUCAGGUUGAGUUAUAUGAAGAAUGGCUAUCGCAGUUUCCGGACGAAAGGCUACCCUGA